AUGGUAAAAAAGAAGCAAAAUCCACUAACAAUUGAUUACAGGAAAUGCUUAAUUGAAAAUCGCCUCCAGCAGGUGCGGAAUACAACUUUCGCAGAUCACCCUGACCUUGUAAAUGUAUGGACAGUUGAUAUUGAUCCACGGGAUAGUCACUCACUUAUUAAUUUCAUUAAAGACAUCCAAGCUGACGAACCUGUAUCUUUUCAGCAUAUUAAAAGGAUUAGAAAGAACUCACACUCAGGAUUGACAGCGAUUAUAUGCUCGCAUGAGAUGUUACAGACCGAGGAAGAUUUUCUGAGGUUGUUGAAAGAUGCUGAGUUUGAAUAUGAAAAUACAAGCGGUAGGUUUCAGGUACCUCGUUUGGGCCCUUCCACUAAAGAGUUAAGUAGCGAGUGGAGUGAGAAGUAUUGGCCGCUGGUUUGGAGGGGUAAUCCAAAUGAUCAAAUUUUAAAUGAUUAUGUAUUUGAUAUGGGCCUGAUAAAAAGAAUAUUGCAGCGAAUCAGUGAACUCACUGCCGCCCAGCAUGAGAAAGAUCCACUCAUAACGCCAGCUGUAAGCGCGUUCGUAAAUCCGCUGAAUAAAAGAGUUAUUUACACAGUGGAUGGCAGACACCAAGGAUCUCCUCUAGAUCAUAGCAUAAUGCUUGGUAUCAAAGAAGUUGCCAGACAGGAGCAGCAGAGGAGGGAUUGUGGGACGGAAGAUCCUACUCAAAGCGAUGACCCCGAUACUUACUUAUGCUUAGACUUUGAUGUUUACACAUCCCAUGAACCUUGUUCCAUGUGUGCAAUGGCUUUAAUCCAUUCACGCAUCAAGAGAUGCAUUUUUUUGAAGUCGAUGGCAUGUACAGGGUGUCUGACUCCUGCCAGUGGUGACGGAUACUGCAUGCAUAAUAAUCGCAAUCUCAACUCAAGCUACGAAGUUUUUCAAUGGACUGGUAAUGAGUUUAUAGUACCUCAUAUAGAUCCACAUACAUGUUGCUAA